CGGGUGCCCGCCCGUGCCGGCGGGAAGCGGGUGAGGAGCGGGAGCGGCGCCGCCCGGGUGUUCCAGCCGCCAAGGGGCUCCGCGGGUGCGGGGAUCCUGCCAGGUCCUGCGGUGUUGGGAAAAGCAAUAGAGAAAGAGUUCGAUGGAACAGCAGACUGACUGAAUGUUUGUCUUCAUAUUUGGAUGAUGGAUAUAUGCCAAGAGCGUAGAAGGGACUGUUUCCUGGUCUUUAUUAUUUAUGCAUGAAGGCAUGUUUAUGUAGUAAACCGAAAGUAGCAUAGCAAAAGCACUCAUGGGUAAGAGAAAGCAGGAAAGUAUUUCAAAGCCUGGAUCCCAGAAAAGGCGGAGACAAGAAUACAUAGAUGAACAUAGUGAUGAGUCUAAUGAAGAAGAAAAUUUAGAGUCAUCCGCUGAUGGUAAUGCCUCCUCACAGUUGACUGCCGGUGAAGUUGGGAUAAUUGAAAGUAUCCAGCUGAAGAACUUCAUGUGCCACUCAAAUCUGGGGCCUUUUCAGUUUGGAUCAAAUAUCAAUUUUGUUGUUGGAAGCAAUGGAAGUGGAAAAAGUUCUGUUUUAACUGCUCUUAUUGUUGGACUUGGUGGAAAAGCUACUGCAACUAAUAGAGGUUCCUCAUUAAAAAUGUUUAUUCGAGAUGGAGAGACUUCUGCAGAUAUUUCCAUAACUUUGCGAAACCAGGGCAGAGAUGCAUUUAAACCAGAAGUGUAUGGUAACUCUAUUAUUGUGAAUCAGCGCAUUAAUCAGGAAGGAAGCAGAAGUUACAAACUGAAAAGCAAAUCUGGAACCUUAAUUUCUUCAAAGAAAGAAGAACUCGUAAAAAUACUGGAUCAUUUUAAUAUACAGGUAGAUAAUCCUGUGACUAUUUUAACCCAAGAGAUGAGUAAGCAGUUUUUACAGACUAAAAGUGAAAGUGACAAGUAUAAGUUUUUUAUGAAGGCAACUCAGCUGGAACAAAUGAAAGAAGACUAUUCAUGUGUUGAGAAAACUCAACAGAAUACACGUAUUCAGAUAGAACAAGGAAGAGAGCGUCUUGAAGAACUUAGGCAGAUUUAUUUAGAAAAAAAGGAACUCUACAAAAGCAUUGCAUUUGUGAAUGACAUGCGAAGACGUCUUGAAGAGUUGAAACAUAAUAUGGCAUGGGCAGUGGUGAGUGAGAUGGAAAAAGAAAUAGAGCCAAUCAAAGAAGGCAUCAAGGCUGAAGAAGCAAAUACAGAGUUUAUUCAGAAGGUAGAAGAAUGGCAGGUAAAAGUGAAUGAAGCAGAAAAAAAGUACAAAGCAAUACUAGACAGAUUAGAAACAGUAAGUGAAGAAGCACAAGCCCUUCAUCCUCAGUGUAUUUCUUUGAAGGCUGAAGUGCAAGCAAAAAGAAAAGCAGUCAAUGAAAUCGAGGUGGUUUAUAAUCGUUUCAAAACGGAGUUAAAACGUCUGGGAAAAGACGACGAACAGCUGUGUAAACGAAUCGAAGAACUGAAAAGCAGUGCUAAUCAGGUUCCAGAGCCUGAAAAAUUGGAAAGACAAAGGAAAAUUGCGCACUUAAGGGAACAGUUAAAGGCAUUCCGUGACGAAGAAAUACUGAUUGCUCAGCAGAUGGAUCAGUUUCAGCAGGCUAUAUAUAAGUGUAGGGAAGAACAUGCCAGGGUCAGGAGAGAAAACGCUGAUGCGCAACAAGCACUGGAUGCCAAGCAGAAACAGCUGAGAGAGCUGAAAGACAGUAAAACAGAUACUUUGAAAAGAUUUGGACCACAUAUACCAGGAUUUGUUGAAGCAGUUGAAACAGCCUAUAAGCAAGGGCACUUUAACAAAAAACCUCUUGGACCUAUAGGUGCUUUCAUUCAUCCAAAAGAUCCUGAACUGACCUUGGCUGUCGAAGCCUGUUUAAAGGGCCUAGUUCAUGCAUUUUGCUGUGAUAAUCAUAGCGAUGAAAGAACUCUACAGUUACUGAUGUCAAAACAUUAUCCACAUGGAUUUAGACCGCAAAUAAUUGUAAAUAAAUUCCAGAAUAAAAUUUAUGAUGUUAGACCGAGAGCUGUUUAUCAUCCAGAAUUCCCAUCAGUACUGACAGCAUUGGAAAUAGAUCAUGUAAUGGUUGCCAAUUGUUUGAUCGAUGUGAGGGGUAUAGAAAAAGUCCUGCUGAUUAAAAGCAACCGUAGAGCUCGUGAGGUAAUGCAGUCCAGUCAUCCCCCAGCAAACUGUAAAGAAGCUUUCACUGGUGAAGGUGAUCACGUCUUUGAAAGACGGUAUUACUCUUCCAAUUACUCCAGACCCAAGUACCUUAGUCAAGAUGUUGAAGCAGAAAUAAGUCACUUGGAUAAAGAGAUUGAAAGCAAAAGGGCACAGCUGACAGCAUCUCAGCAACGUUUAUAUUCCAUUGAAAAUGAGAUUAGGCAAAAUGAAGAUCAUCUUUAUGGUCAUCGACGACACCAAAAAGAACUACAGAUAAAAAUAAGAACAACAAAUGGAGAAAUAGUAGAUCUUGAAAAUGUGGAAGAACACCAGUCAGUGGACAUCCGUAUAUUACAAGAUGAAGCUGAAGAAAAUAAGGCUAAGAUGGAAUCUGUAAAAGAAGACAUGCAACUACAAAGCAGAAAAAUGGAAGAACUGAAAAAUAUUCUCCUGGAAGCUGAAAAAAAAUUAAAAGAAGUGAAAGAAAAAAUUCAUGAAGUAGAAGUUGUUGCUGGUCCAAUUAAGGAUGAAUUAAACCAGGCUGAGUCAGAAAUGGAAAGCAGUAAACGCCAUUUGCAGCACUAUGCAGACAAACAGAAAGAACACUUGGCUUGCAUAGAAAAGCUCAAAGAAUUGCUGGCUGCCAAAGAAAAGGAACUAGAGGAAAAAACGGCGCAGGCCAGGCAAAUCUACCCGGAGCGCAUCCAGGUCAGCAGGACUGUUAAGAGCCUUGAUGCAGAAAUGAAUCGCUUCAGAGAGAAGAUAAAAUCAGAAACUAGUCUCCAUGGAAACAGAGAAGAAAUAAUACAGCAAUUUCAUGAUGCAAAGGAAAGAUAUGAGGAUGCAAGCAGUAAAGUAAAGAAUUUAAAGAAAUUUUUUAGAGUGCUGGAAAGAAUCAUGGCAGAGAGGGUCAAAGCGUAUCAGCAAUUCCUACGUAUCCUUUCUAUACGGUGCAAAAGCAGCUUUGAGGGAUUAUUGCAUGUUCGAGGUUGCUCUGGAAAAAUACUUUUUGAUCACAAGAAUGAGACACUUUCCAUAACUGUUCAGUUUGGAGAUGAAGACAAAGCUUCCCUCACUGAUUUGAGAGCCUUAUCAGGAGGUGAACGUACCUUCUCCACAGUUUGUUACAUUCUUUCUCUGUGGAACAUCACGGACUCUCCUUUCAGAUGCUUGGAUGAAUUUGAUGUCUACAUGGACAUGCUUAACAGAAGAAUUGCCAUCGAUAUGAUUCUGGAGAGGGCUAAUUUUCAGCAGUAUCGACAGUUCAUUUUGUUCACUCCCCAAAGCAUAAGAUCUCUGCCUAAGAGUCCCCAUAUUCGAAUUCUCUGCUUGCAAGACCCCGAAAGAGGCCAAAGACAAUUGAAUUUCCAAAAUAGGACAGACUGUGAUGAAGAUCAAUAAGUAUCUCUCUGUGAAUAUGGCAUACUAUUGAGCACAAAUGUGGAAUAAUAUAUAUAAAGUUAUUGCUUCCUGAUGCUGAAGAAGGGGAUGUUUUGUUAGAUACUCUCAGGAAGAUCUUUCUGUAUUGUUAUUAUUAAUUUUUAAAGAAUUUACUUUGUGUGUGCACAGACCAAGAAUAGAUAGAGUUUGUAUGAUGAGAAAAUUUUCAAUGUUCAGUUGAUAUUUUUAGCUACCAACUAAUAAAAUUUUUUUAUCAGUUGUUCUGUUUUUUCUUCUGGAAAAGUUGAAAUAUAUUUUGUAUAACUAUUAAGUAAUAUUUUAAUA